AUGAAGAGAAAUAGCCUGUCCUCAUUUUCAGUCUGUCUCUGGUUGCUGUUUACAGCAGUGAUGCUUCAAGCUGUAGCAUCAGCCAAAGGAAAAUAUGCUCACAUGCUGUUUAAUGAACUGUUUGAAGACUACUCAAAUGCUCUAAGACCAGUGGAAGACACGGAUAAAGUACUGAAUGUCACCCUUCAGAUCACAUUGUCCCAAAUUAAAGACAUGGAUGAAAGGAACCAAAUUUUGUCAGCUUACUUAUGGAUUCGACAAAGCUGGUAUGAUGCAUACCUCAAAUGGGACAAAGAUAAAUAUGAUGGGUUGGAUUCUAUCAGGAUUCCAAGCAAUUUGGUUUGGAGGCCAGAUAUUGUCCUAUAUAACAAGGCCGAUGAUGACUUUUCAGAACCAGUGAAUACUAAUGUUGUGUUGAGAUAUGAUGGGAAAAUCACUUGGGAUGCACCUGCUAUCACAAAGAGCUCAUGUGUAGUGGAUGUAUCUUAUUUUCCUUUUGACAGCCAGCAGUGCAACCUUACGUUUGGGUCCUGGACCUAUAAUGGCAAUCAGGUAGACAUCAUCAAUUCUCUUGAUAGUGGUGACCUCUCUGACUUUGUAGAAGAUGUGGAAUGGGAGAUUCAUGGUAUGCCAGCGGUCAAGAACGUCAUCACUUACGGCUGCUGCUCUGAGCCCUAUCCAGAUGUGACCUUCACACUGAUUUUGAAAAGGAAGUCUUCAUUCUACAUAUUUAAUCUAUUGCUGCCUUGCAUUUUGAUCUCUUUUCUGGCCCCACUGGGAUUCUAUCUUCCUGCAGACUCUGGGGAAAAAGUGUCUCUUGGUGUUACAGUUCUUCUUGCUCUGACCGUGUUCCAGCUGAUGGUUGCAGAGAUCAUGCCUCCCUCUGAAAAUGUGCCUUUGAUAGGAAAGUAUUACAUAGCAACUAUGACGAUGAUCACAGCUUCCACUGCAUUGACAAUAAUUAUAAUGAAUCUCCAUCACUGCGGCUCAGAAGCUAAGCCUGUUCCACAAUGGGCCAGAGUGGUUAUUUUGGACUACAUGUCAAAAAUCUUUUUUGUUUAUGAUGUGGGUGAAAAUUGCACAAGUCCAAAAAGAGAGAAGGAAGAAGAACGUAAGUUAGAGGGAGAUGAUGGGUGUCAGAGGAGGCACAAAGAGGUAAGGAGUCACCUUUCCAGUAGGAAUGAUGACUGUGAUCUCAAGGAGAAGCUCAAUGGAAAUUUGAAUAAAAGCUAUGGAGUUCAUGGUGAAGAUGUUAGGGAGACUGUUAAUUGCUGUUCCUGUUACAAAAUGCUGAUUAAAAACAUUGAGUAUAUUGCUAAUUGUGUUCGAGACCAUAAAGCAAACCGGGCCAAAGGAAUUGAAUGGAAAAAGGUUGCAAAAGUGAUGGACAGGUUUUUCAUGUGGAUUUUCUUUAUCAUGGUGUUUUUUAUGAGCGUGCUGAUCAUUGGGAAAGCAGCUUAA